AUUAACGAAAAACAAAAACCAAAACUAAAACCCGUGAAGUGAACCACUACACUCUGUCUUGGCCUAACCACUAACCAAACUUUCUCUCUCUUUCAUGGCUUCUCAACAACACGACACCGUUUUCCCCGAAGAAGAAAUGGACGACGACGAUGAGGAAUCUCAGGAGGACGAAGAAGAGGAAGAAGACGACGACGACGUUUUGGUCGACGACGAAGAAAACGAACCUUCUCCUUCUGCCUCCUCCGCUCUCGCCGUCACGGUCGCCGUUCCCGGUUCCACCGUAUCCAAUGGAGGAAACGCUCCAAUUUCCGCCGCCACCGCCACCGCCACCACAAUCGUUGUCCACGACUCCCCCGAUCCGAAACGGCGGCGCGUGGAACAAAUCGAGGAGAAAAAACCGUUAGACGAUUCGCGGAGGCUGUUUCAGCGACUGUGGACCGACGAGGACGAGAUCGAGCUCUUGCAAGGUUUCCUCGACUACACCUCACAGCGAGGAUCCUCUCACCACAACGACACCGCUUUGUUCUACGACCAAAUCAAGUCAAAGCUCCAACUCGAUUUCAACAAGAACCAGCUCGUCGAGAAGAUCCGAAGGUUGAAGAAGAAAUACCGAAACGUCCUCAACAAAAUUGGCUCCGGCAAGGAAUUUUCCUUCAAAAGCGCUCACGAUCAAGCCACCUUCGAAAUAUCUCGCAAGAUCUGGAGCAACAUGGCCCCGAUCGGCGACAAUUCCAUGGACGACGACGAAAUCAACCUCAACCCCAUCCCUAACCCUAACCCUAAUCCGAAUCUUAAUUUUAGCCCCAUAGUCCCGAAGAACGAAGUCAUGUUCGGAAAUUCGGUGGAGAAGAAAACACGGAAACGCUCUCGGCCUCGAUCGGCGAUCAAAGUCGACGAGAAGCGCGAGUCAAUUGAUGGAUCGGCGUCGAACAAGGAUCAGAAUUGUAUCAGAAAUGCUACCACUACCGCUACCGCUACAGCUACUGCUACUCCUAUUACUAAUACCAACAAUAAUAGUAAUUGUAACAGUGGUUAUAGCAAUAGCAUACCGAGUUUGAUUGAAGAGACAGUGAGGAGGUGUUUGUCGCCGUUGUUAAAGGAGUUGGUGGGUGGGGCCAUGGCGGGGCCGUUUGGAGCGAGAGGGUUGAAUUUGAACCCAGUGCCGUUGAUGAAUUUGAAUUUUGGAGGUGGGGAUUUGGUGGAUGAGAAAUGGAGGAAGCAACAAAUUUUGGAGUUGGAAGUGUAUUCAAAGCGGUUGGAGCUUGUGCAGGAUCAGAUCAAGGCUACCAUGGAGGAGUUGAGGUCAAGUGGUGGAGGAGGAGGAGGUUGACCAAUGACCACACCUUUUAUUUUGUUAUUGUUUUUGCUUUUGUAGUGAGUGAUUGGAAUUCUUCAUCUUUAUGUUCAACUUCAUACAGAUUUGCUUCUUAAUUUAUCCACGAUGGUUGGCUGUUUGGUUGAUACUGAUAGUUUAGUAGCUAGCUAGUAAGUCAAGUAGUAACUUGUAAUUUAAUUUUCAGUUUUAGUUUUUGUUGAUUUCGUAGAACACUUGUCCAAUAAAAUAAAAUGUUUAAUUUUAGCCAUUUUCUUGUUCCUUUAUUUUAAUGGUCUCAUACAUGUACAGAACUGAUUGAAAUAAAUUGGUACCCAUGACUGCU